GGUACCCAAACGGUUGUUUAGGGGACUCCGCUCAUUAAGCACUUUAGAUCUGUCUAUGAAUAAAAUUUGGAAUUUUCCAUCUAGUAUCGCUCAUACUAGGCUGCUCAGUACGCUCAUUUUAAGCAACAACGAAAUGUGGACAAUGUAUUCUAAGGACUUAGCCUUAAUCGAAAGAAUCACGAAAAAUCGUAAUUUCACCAUAGAUCUAUCUGAGAAUCGAUUUUCCUGUAACUGUGACCUUAUCCCAUUCCUUAAUUGGCUUGGAACAACGUCAGUGAAAAUUGAAAAUUAUGACCGUUUUAACUGUACUUAUGAAGGCUUCACCCUGAAUAUAGAAAUGCAUCGAGUUGACAUUGUCCGUAAAUUGUCUGAGACGUGUAGCGAACAUUCUGGUCUUACAAUGGGUAUUGUUCUGCUCCUUUUCUUUAUGACCUUAGUCGUUAUUCUUUCAGCUAUAGCAUAUCGAUAUCGAUGGAAGCUUUCUUACUGGUAUUAUGCUACCAGAUUACGGUUCAAAGCAGAUAAAACCAAUGAACCUGAAUAUGAUUACGAUGCAUUUGUGUCGUUUGCUGAGGAGGACAGAACUUUUGUUUUUGAGGAAUUAAUUCCAUCCUUGGAGACAGAGAAAGGAUUGCAUUUGAACAUUCAUAGUCGGGAUUUCCUACCAGGGAGACCUAUUGCCGAGAGUAUUAUUGACGUUAUACAGAGAAGUCGGAAGACAGUGUUGGUACUGACCCCAGAGUUCUUGAAGAGCACGUGGUGCAGAUAUGAGCUGCAGAUGGCCAACAUGGAAAGUGUCACAACUGAUAGAGACAUCCUGGUGAUCCUGGUAAUAAGACAUAUCCCCAAAUGUGAUAUUCCACCUGAAAUCUUCUACCAUUUUCACAAUAACACGUAUCUAGAAUACCCGGAUGAUGGACAGACUGACUUAUUUUGGACGACUUUGUCACAUUCGAUCAAAACGACUUAAAGUGUAUUAAGUUCACAAUGUAUGAUAAUCGCUGAUCGUAGAAGAAGCUGCAUCAGUAUCUUUAGGCCAUACUGCUACAAUGAAUUUAUGUUGCUGACAUGUAUUGAUCUGUGACAUGAUGAAAACAAACUGAAAGUAAACAGCUGUUCGAUUGAGCUGAGGUUUACUUGCUGUGUUACACGAAUUUCAAUGACAACAUAACUUUGAAGCUUUUUGCUUAGUAAUAGGCAGCAAGAAAAUACAGAAAUCCAUUUGUAGCAUGGAUAUCAUCUUGAUGGGGAAUAUGGGAUGUUAUCUGAAGCUCAGAAAUGUACUAGUAUGCUCUGAUCGUGUUCACGGGAACCAAUCAAAUCGCAUCAUUGCUGUGAGAUAAUAUAU